GGGAAGCCGAGGGUUACCCACGCGGGCUGGGGGAAUCCCAGGCCAGAAGGUGCUGGCUGUGGCCGGCUCUGCAGGGAAAGGAGCCGCCUGGUGUAGCUGGAGGGGUCCCUGCUGAGGAGCACCCAGGAGACCCGACACUGAGACAAAGGAGAAGAAAGCCGGACCCUCAGGAUGAAGCACGUAUCGAUCCACUGGUUCCGUAAGGGUCUUCGCCUUCACGAUAACCCUGCCCUGCUGGCAGCGAUGACAGACUGCCACACGCUCUAUCCCGUCUUCAUCCUCGACCCCUGGUUCCCAAAGAACAUGCGGGUCAGCGUCAACCGCUGGAGGUUUCUGGUCGAGUCGCUGAGAGAUCUGGACGAGAGCCUUCAGAAACUGAACUCGAGGCUGUUUGUGGUACGUGGCCGCCCCACGGAGGUAUUCCCGGUCCUCUUUAAAGAGUGGAAGGUGACACGGCUGACGUUCGAGAUAGACACGGAGCCCUACUCCAGGCAGCGCGAUCGCGAGGUGGUGAGGCUGGCAGCUGAACAUGGCAUUCAGGUUAUUCAGAAAGUGUCCAACACCUUGUAUGACACUGAUAGAGUAAUUGCUGAAAACAAUGGCAAGGCGCCUCUGACCUAUGUGCGCCUACAGACGCUCCUGGCGGCGCUGGGACCACCAAAGCGGCCCGUGCCAGCUCCCACUCUGGAAAAUCUGAAGGAUUGCUGUACCCCCUGCAAAGACAACCAUGAUGCAGAGUAUGGGAUCCCUACGCUGGAGGAGCUGGGUCAGGACCCGGAGCAAGCAGGUCCUCGCCUCUACCCAGGAGGAGAGUCUGAGGCGCUUUGCAGGCUUGACUUGCAUAUGAACAGAACGGCCUGGGUGUGUAAUUUCCAGAAGCCCCAGACUGAGCCCAACUCCCUGAACCCGAGCACCACUGUGCUGAGCCCUUACAUCAAGUUUGGAUGCUUGUCAGCGCGAACCUUCUGGUGGAGGUUGGCUGAAAUCUACCAGGGGAGGAAACACUCCAACCCGCCCGUGUCUUUGCAUGGGCAGCUCCUGUGGAGGGAGUUCUUCUACACGGCAGGAGCUGGGAUCCCCAACUUCAACAAGAUGGAAGGCAACCCCGUCUGCGUGCAGGUGGACUGGGAUAACAAUCCAGAGCACCUCAGAGCCUGGAGCGAGGGCCGGACAGGCUACCCCUUCAUCGACGCCAUCAUGACCCAGCUGCGCACUGAAGGCUGGAUCCAUCACCUGGCCCGGCAUGCUGUGGCCUGCUUCCUGACUCGAGGAGACCUGUGGAUAUCCUGGGAGCAAGGGCAAAAGGUCUUUGAGGAGUUGCUGCUGGAUGCUGACUGGUCCCUGAACGCUGGCAACUGGCAGUGGCUGUCGGCGAGCGCCUUCUUCCACCAGUUCUUCCGCAUCUACUCGCCCGUCGCCUUCGGCAAGAAGACGGACAAGGGCGGAGAGUAUAUCAAGAAGUACCUCCCUUUCCUCCGGAAGUUCCCCGCUGAGUACAUCUAUGAGCCCUGGAAGGCGCCGCGAAGCGUGCAGGAGCAGGCAGGCUGCGUGAUUGGCCGAGAUUACCCCAAGCCCAUCGUGGUGCACGAGGUGGUGAGCAAGAGGAACGUGGAGCGGAUGAAGGCAGCCUAUGCCCGGCGAUCGGCCAGCACCACGGCCCAGUUGGAGGGAGGGGGUGGCAAGAAAGGUGCCAAAAGGAAGACACCUGCGGGUCCCUCUGUGGCCGAACUGCUGACAAAGAAACCAAAGACUUAAGAGCAGCUGAAUUCCUCAAGCACUGCCAGUGGAUCUUGACAAUGGGCCAGUCUCUUCUGUGCCGCAAGGGGAGAACCCCAGGCAGCACAAGAUCCCAUUUGGGCUUUAUGAAGAGAAGCUCUGGGCUCUGUUCUAAUCCCUUGACUGACAGCUAGGAGCCCUGGCCUUCUGAGACUAGGGAAAGCUAGGGUGGGGUUUGGGCACUACCUCUCCUAUUGGCUCAGGAAACCUUUUCAUGCUGCACCCUUUCAUUCAGCCCCUUGAGCCUGUUCGGUGAACUGUCCUUUGACACUGGUGCUUUCUAUGCUGCUCCCAGCGGAGUUUCUCUUUUGGAAAGGCCAUUGCCAUGGAGUGGAUCAGUUUGUCUGCGUACCUUAGGGUGAAUUCACCCUACAGCACUCGGGGAGGUAGAUGUUUCACCACCCGUUUUCCACACAAGUGGACUGAGAAAGAGAGAUUACUGGGCAGAUUUCCAGUGGGAGCUGCUGGAUCCCUUAAAAAUCUGGCCCUAAUUGACUUGCUCAGAUCACUUAAGGAGGCAGAGUGGGGAACUGAACUCACAUCUUGCACUACAUUAAUAACUUGCUGGUGCGCCAAAUGCCCCGCCAGCCUGGCUGGGAAUCGGUAGUGAACUCCCCGUUUAAGCUUUGCUGCCCCCUUUUGGCAGACAGCAGCUUGGGAGGCCAAAGUGAGGGAUGCUGGACAUGGAUGUGGCCUUUUGCCCAUCUUUGUACUGAGCAUGAAAUGCUGGUUACUCAUUGCCACCAUCCUUGGGACCUGUACGCCCCGUUCUGCAGCAUGUCCAACCCAGGCAUAAUUUCACUAUCCCUUGGCUGUGGUCUCCUCGGGUAUUACAGAUAUCCCUGGAAGCACUAGGUGGAGUCUUACAAGAGCGUGGGGGCAGAGCUGAUCUUGAUGUCCCAAAGUCAGGAAAGUAACUGAAAUACUUCUCUGAUGGAUUGUAUUUACUGAGGGGCAACACGUCCUAAAUUCUCAGUUACUGAGGGACAAUCUACA